AUGGAGUGUUUAGUUGAUGAAAACUGGACCAUAAAUGUAGUAUGGGAUUUUUCUAAAUUCAGACCUAUUAGCCUCUGCAAUUUUUUCAGUAAAUUAUUAUCCAGAAUUUUAGUGGGGCAGCUGGGCUCUGUUAUACCAAGAAUUAUCUUGCCCCAACAGACGGGGUUUGUCAAAGGCAGAAACAUAACGGAUAAUUACUUGCUAGCUCAAGAGUUGAUAUCCACCAUAGGCAAGAAGGCAAGAGGGGGGAAUGUUGCCCUAAAACUGGAUAUGACUAAGGCAUAUGAUCGGAUGUCUUGGAGACAUAUUAUUACCAUGUUGCGUGCAUUUGGUUUUGGAGAGCGUUUUAUAGACCUGGUCUGGCGGCUUAUUUCUAACAUGUGGUUUUCAAUUGUUGCUAAUGGAACAUCGCACGGAUUUUUCAAAUCUACCAGGGGGUUAUGGCAAGGCGAUCCACUAUCCCCAGUGCUCGUUAUUAUUGGUUCGGAAAUGCUGUCACGAGGGCUCAAUUCUUUAGCAUUGCAGCAGAAUUUUGUAGGGUUUCGAGUCCCAAUGGGCUAUCCUGUCGUCACGCAUCUAGCUUUUGCUAAUGACGUGCUGAUUUUUACCAAUGGGUCGACUACUGCUUUAAAACAAAUCAUGCAGGUGCUAGAGGCGUAUCAACUUUCCUCAGGACAAUUGGUCAAUGUUCAAAAGAGCGGAUUCUUGGUUCAUCCUACUUUAUCCCCAGCUCGGAAAAGAGUGAUUGAGAGGAUUACACAAUUCACUAGACAGGAGUUGCCCAUUCGCUAUCUUGGCUUACCUUUGUAUUUGGGAAGGAGCAAGUCAGCUUACUUUGUAGAGACUGGAAAGUCGCUUUGGACACAGUUUAUGCAAGCUAAAUACUAUAGGGACCUUCAUCCGUGCCAGGUGGAAUUGCGAAGGUUUGACUCAUCGACGUGGAGACGAAUGUUAAACAUAAGCCGACAGGUGGAGUUAGCCAUGCUAUGGGUGGUGAAUGCGGGGUCAUGUAAUUUUUGGUAUGACAACUGGUUGGGAAGUGAAGCUCUAUGUUUGAAAUCUAUAGUGAACCCUACCCACUCCUUCAAGGACUUCCUCACUAAUGGGGAAUGGAAUGGUGCUAUGCUAAGGCAAUAUAUACCGCAAGAAAUCAUCGCUCUAAUUCUAGAACACCCGGUCCCAAGUGGAGAUCGCCAUGACGAGUUGGUAUGGAGCCAGACGGCGUCGGGAAAAUUCACGUUGGCAUCGGUAUUUCAGGAGGUCCGUCAAGCUCAAAAUUACUCCGUCUUACACUCUCAGGUAUGGCAUCCUCGGAUUCCGUUGAAAGUUUCAUUCUUCAUGAUGCGUUUACUGUUGGGAAAAUUGCCUUUAACUGAUGUCUUGCGGAGGAUUGGAGUCCAAUUGGUUUCAAAGUGCUUGUGUUGCCAAGGGGGAGCGAUUGAGACACUGGAACAUGUGUUCGCGGAGGGACAAGUUGCAAAGGAUGUCUGGAGAUAUUUUGGUAGGAUUUGUGGGGUUACACAACUUGGCUCGUUACUACGGGCAUGGCUAACGGCUUGGUGGCUGUUCUCCCCUCGGCAAGCGGUAAGACAGUUUCUCUUCUCGAUUCUUCCUAGUUUUAUAUGUUGGCAUACUUGGAAGGCUCGGAACAUUGCAUACUACGAAGGAAGGCAGAUGUCAGUGGCGAAGAUUUGUCAUGCCAUUUUGUUAGAUGUGAUAGGGGUGGUUGAGAUUCAGUUUAACCAGAAGCUUGAGGUGCACACGUUUCUUCAGCUAUAUGAGUGGACAACUCAACAAACAUCGCGAUAUAGUUUUCACCUGGUGUGGUGGAAGGCGAAAGAGGCGGGAUUGCUAACACUAAAUACGGAUGGAUGCUCCAAGGGAAAUCCAGGAGUAAGUGGUGGUGGGGGAAUACUUCGCGACUCAUCGGGAUUGCCAUUAUUUGCAUUCUCAACUUACUUUGGGGAAAUUUCGAGUUUGCGUGCAGAGGCAUUGGCCCUGGUAAUGGGGUCCAUUUGUGCGUUCAAAAGGGGUUUAUCGAUAGAAGCAAAUAGGGUGGCGGACAGUUUGGCAAAGGUGGGUGCGUCCAGGCAUAACAGGAAUGUCACCAUUUAUGAUGACUUCAAUGCAAUUCCAAGACAGACGCGAGGGGAAAUUCGCAUAAACAGAUACAGAAGAUGGUGCUCUCGUACCAGUUGCUUAGCUCUUCAUCAAUUGGGAUUUCCAAACUUUCAUAGAGUUACAAUGUAG